AUGCAUGGUGAGGGUAGUGAUACAGAUGGUGAGGGUCUUAGCGAGGGCAUUGAGGGGGAUGGUGAGGGCAGUGAUGAGGGUGAGGGCAAUGAUGACUGGGAGUACAUAUCAGAUGAAGAAAAUAUUGAAAAUAUGAGAAAACUAAAGACGGUAGAUAAUGUCUUCAAUCUUAUGAAUAAGAAUGAUGGGUUUGAGGCUGAUGUUGAGCACACUUAUGCAUCUGAUUAUGAAAAUGAAAACCAAGAAUAUGUGUCUGGAGAUAGUGAUUCUGACUUUCAAUCAAAAAUGAGGAAAAGAAGGGUUGUGGAGGCCUUAACAACAUGGGCGAUUGAAAAUGGUAGGUACAUUAGGUUUAGGGCAGUUUCAAAGAAGAAAAUAUUGGCCAAGUGUACUUCACCUUGCCCUUGGAAAGUGUGGGCAAGCAUAGUUCCUUCCAAUGGUACCUUUAUGAUCAAGUCAUAUGUAGGUGACCAUAACUGCCCUAAGGCAAUGAGCAAUAAACUGUUGAGUUCACAGCGGAUUGCACAUAGAUAUCUCAAUGUUUACAGGGUUAGGUACAAUUUAUGUGUUAAAGAGUUGGGUGCAGAUAUUUUAGAGCGGUUUAAGGUCAGGGUUCCAAAGGAUAGGCUAUACAAGGCUAGGAGGAUAGCACAGGAAAUGGUCAGAGGGUCCAUAGAGGAGCACUAUGCCUUUGUGAAGAAUUAUGUGGCUGAAUUGCUUAGGGUUGAUGAAGAGGGGAGAUAUGAGCUUGUUCUAGAAGCUGAUAGUGUCUUCAAAUCUCUAUACAUUGGUAUGAAUUCUUUGAGGAAGGGUUUCAAAACCAGUUGUAGGCCUGUGAUAGGGAUUGAUGGGUGCUUCUUAAAAACGUACCUUGGGGGUCAUCUGCUGUGUGCAACAGCCAAGGAUGGAAACAAUGGUAUGUUUCCAAUAGCAUGGGCUGUUGUUGAGGCAGAGAAUGAAGUUUGCUGGACUUGGUUCUUGAGAUUGCUUUUGGAGGAUUUAGAUGUGGGAGAUGUCAACGGUUGGUGCUUUGUUAGUGACCAACAAAAGGGCUUGCAAAAUGCAGUUGCAACAUUGGAUCCACAAGCUGAGCACAGAAACUGCGCGCGGCACAUAUAUAUGAAUUGGAAGAAGGAUUUUAAGGGCCAAACCCUUAAAAAUAUGUUCUUCAAAGCAGUAUAUGCAACGCAUGAAGCUGACUUUAAGCUUGCAGUGCAAGCGAUGAAAGAAGAGAGUGUGGCAGCCUAUGAAGAUUUCAUGGCAAGAGACACGAAGAAAUUCUGUAAGGCCUUUAUCUCUACAAACCCCAAAAGUGACAGUGUUGACAACAAUAUAAGUGAAUGCUUUAAUGGCUAUAUAUUGAAUGUUAGGGGUAAGCAUGUGAUCCACAUGUUAGAGGAAAUAAGGUCUUCUUUGAUGGUUAGGCAGAACAAGUGUUCAUGCAGGGAAUGGGAUUUAACUGAAAUUCCUUGUAAGCAUGCAAUUGCUGCAAUUAGAUACAUGGAGCGUGACCCCACGGAUUUUAUCUCAAGUUAUUAUACUGUGGAAACAUAUCUGUCUAGUUAUGAAUUUGGGAUAAAACCAAUUGUUGGCAUGAAGAUGUGGCCGGAAGUUGAGGGUGGGGUUGUGAAACCACCACCUAAGGCCAAGAUGCCUGGUAGGCCAAAGAAGAAGAGGGUCAGGGUGCCUCAUGAGAAAGACGGGAGAAUGUCCAAGCAUGGGGUUGUAAUCUCAUGUAGUAAUUGCAAGCAGCAAGGGCAUAACAAGAGAAAGUGUACAGCUACACCAGUCGAAGAGUCAAAGGGUGAAAAACAUGGUUCAAGCAAAUCAAAGAAAGUAUUUCAAAUGCGCAAGUUUAAGAAACCAAGCUCGGCACAUGAGAAAAGCAUUGUUACUGAAGUUGCCUCAACCCAAGAGAGCAGGAAUGAAGCUGGAUCAGGCCAGCCUCAAGGAAAGAAUUGA